CUGUCACCAGUACUGAGUGGGUAAUAUUCAGAACUCCAGCUGCAUGAGAGCCGACAGGUUGUGUACACAGGGGAAGUCAACUGAGAAAAUCUGUUAGCUGAAUAGAUUUGCUAAGGAAAACAUCUAGCUAACCGCUUAAUGCACUCGACAUGUCAAGUGAACCAAUUGCAACGAUCUGCUUUUAAAGCGAAGGUAUUCUAAAUCUAAAUUAUUCGUCUUGAUCUAUCUUCCUUGGAUUUCAAAGGCGCUAGUUUAGUUAGCUCGCUAGUUUAGCUAACUUUAAGGAACUACAAUCGGGCUAACUCGUCAGUUUGACUAAUCUGAUCUGUACCUGCUGAGGUGUAACAGGCAGGCGGUUUCCACUGACCGAAAUAAAUAAAAGUGGGAUUUACCAGGGAGCCGAAUGGCCUCUGUAGUGGCGGUGAAAACUGAGAAGCGAGCUGCUGAACCUCAAGAUGUUGACUCAAACACCAAAAAACCUCGGAUUUGGGCACCAUCAAUGGAACCAUCACUCAAUCUCUGCCUGCCCCAAAGGAAAUUGCUGCCCAGCCUGAAGACCAAGCGUGCCCCCGAGCUGGUCUUAGUGAUUGGUACGGGGGUGAGCUCAGCUGUGGCCCCCCAGGUUCCUGCUCUGCGUUCCUGGAAGGGUCUCAUCCAGGCCUUGCUGGAUGCAGCCAAUGACUUUGACCUCUUGGAGGAGGAGGAGAGCCGGCGCUUUCAGAAGAGCUUGCAGGAGGACAAGAACCUGGUCCACGUGGCCCAUGACCUCAUCCAGAAGCUUUCUCCGAGAACAGGCAACGUGCGCUCCACCUUUUUCAAGGAUUGCCUGUACGAGGUGUUCGACGACCUGGAGUGCAAGAUGGAACACGCCGGAAAACACCUGCUGCGCUCCGUACUGCAGCUGAUGGAGAGCGGCGCGCUCGUUCUCACCACCAACUUCGACAACCUGCUGGAGAUCUACGCCGCCCACCAGGGCACCAAGCUGGAGUCCCUGGAUCUCACAGACGAGAAGAAGGUCUUGGAGUGGGCUCAGGAGAAGAGGCGGCUGAGUGUGCUGCACAUCCACGGCGUGUACACCAACCCCAGCGGCAUCGUACUGCACCCUGCUGGCUACCAGAAUGUACUGCGCAACACAGAGGUUAUGAGGGAGAUCCAGAAGCUGUACGAGGCCAAGUCGUUUGUGUUCCUGGGCUGCGGGCGCACGGUGGACGACACCACCUUUCAGGCUCUGUUCCUGGAGGCGGUCAAGCACAAGUCGGACCUGGAGCACUUCAUGCUGGUGCGACGCGAGGACGUGGGCGAGUUCAAGAAGCUGAGGGACAACAUGCUGGACAAGGGCAUCAAGGUCAUCUCCUACGGCAACGAGUACGCCGACCUGCCUGAGUAUUUUGAGCGGCUCGCCAACGAGAUCUGUAACCGGGACACGGGGACGAACGGCUGGGGAUCUCCCUCACAGGAAGAGGAGCCCCAGAAUGGCUUCAACCCUCCAAAAAACCUCCUUCAAGAAUGCGAUUUUUGACAGGUACACACUUGAGGAGGAUCAGUUAUGUUUUUUUUGGGGGGGUUCAGUCCGCUUACUACAGUACUACUACUAAGGUCCACUUACUUUGGAUCUACAACUCAAAUUUGGGCCCGGAGAGACUUAAUGCCCUCGCACCUUGUUUCAAGUGCAUAAUUGGUUUGCACCACAAAGGGAAGGAACAUUGUUUUGUGUGAAGAUAACGGUAAAAUACAUAAAACCCUCUGCAGUCCCAGCCAGGCAACGCCUCCUAGACACCCCUCCUCCCUGCCUCCAGUAGGAUGUUGGGAAGGCCUCUGGAACACCACAGUAGAGAUGGAAAGGACACAAGGCCUCGUUAUGGUUUUCCAACUUGAAUCAUUCACAAAUACACAGUGCUGCUCAGCGCACAGGGAGGUGACAACAACAAGAACAUUGCCACACUGCCUUGCCACCUGGAGGAGAGGAAGGCAUGGAAGAAUGUACUGCAACGGACCUUCACGCUUACGUCAGCGCUCUACCCCCUCACGACAUGCUCAACAAUACUGCCCUCUUAUACAUGCGUCUCACUGGAGGCUUGGCCUUCCAUGUUCAGCGAGCACAAUCACUGAGAAUAGUUCUUGCCAACCAGUUUGACUGGAAUGUAUUUACAUGAUUCUAACUUAAACCAGCAAACUUAAUGUGCACUCUCAAAAGCAAUACUUGACAGUCAGCAGUCUGUUCGUAUAUACAUGUUAGGCAAUGUAGGACAUGGGCAUUAAUCUAAUCUUCAGAUGCAUAUUGGGCUAUGACUUUACAGUUAGGAGAGGAACUAUGUAAAUGAUGGCAAUCCACUCCCGUGCAAAAAAAACUUUUAAAGCCUUUUUGUAUUUUUAUUAUUGUAUUGCAUGUGUUUCUGUGAAAGGUUUUAGGUAUUUAUACUUGCUAUUUUUAAAAUAAAGACUUUGGUAGCCAUAAAUGUA